AACGAAAGGGUCAAAUAAUCGGUAAACAGAAGCCAAAUAUGAAUUGAUUUCCACGUGUAUUUAUUAUAAUUGAACAGUUUAUGAUUAUGUAUUCCGGCAUUUCUAUUAAAUUACGGUCAAACUAGCAGGCGGGACCUGGGCGGGAUUUUCUCUUGUAGGCGUCGACCGCAGCUCUCCUUGAGGAAGCUCGCCCUGACGACUCAUAUUUUCCUCUAAAUGAGCAUCCACAUCCACUAUGUCCAAAAUGGUUCCGUAUUCAUUUCCCGAUUUACCGUAGUGGUCCAGCGGCUUCGUACAGAAAAGGAUUGCCGAUAGCUGGCGGUUUUGUGACCGAUCAUCUUUAAUAUGGCAAGAUCGCAGGAGGCGCUUGGGUAAUGAGAGACAAAUUCAGAUUAACCCAGUCCUAAAAUACAUAUCUUCAAGGAGGCCUGUUUACAUCCACGGUGCCAAGAACCCUGUAGUAUCCUUCCAAGUCCCCACGUCACUGCUUGACCUUUCCUGUCCUGGGUUCCUCCGUCAUGUCAAGCCCUAGCAGCAGCCCAGAGAGAGAGGGAGGGAUGGCGGGUUCUGUUCAGCUGGAGGACCUCAGCUCGCCCCCCGGACUGGAAACUGACCCUCCUUUAGCUGGCAGCCCAGUGCUCAGUCCAGACUCCAGUUCCCAUGAUGCUGCGCUCUCUGCCCCAGCAGCCUCCCCGGCUGACUCCGAGAACCUCAGUCCAGAUGAGCUCGAGCUCCUGGCUAAACUGGAGGAGCAGAACAGGUUGCUAGAAGCAGAUUCCAAAUCCAUGCGCUCGAUGAGUGGAUCUCGGAGGAAUAGUGGCUCCUCUCUGGUCUCAAGCUCAUCUGCAUCUUCUAACCUGUCCCACCUGGAGGAAGACACUUGGAUCCUGUGGGGACGGAUCGUCAAUGAGUGGGACGAGUGGAGACGAAAGAAAGACAAACUUCUGAAGGAGCUAAUAAGAAAAGGCAUUCCUCAUCAUUUCCGAGCAAUCGUUUGGCAGUUAUUAUGUAAUGCCACUGACAUGCCAGUAAAGAAUCAGUACUCUGAACUCUUAAAGAUGUCCUCACCCUGUGAAAAACUCAUACGCAGAGAUAUUGCCCGCACGUAUCCAGAGCACGACUUCUUCAAAGGCCAGGACAGCCUGGGACAGGAAGUUCUGUUUAAUGUCAUGAAGGCAUAUUCUCUUGUGGACCGUGAGGUUGGUUAUUGUCAGGGUAGUGCCUUCAUCGUAGGAUUGCUACUUAUGCAGAUGCCGGAGGAGGAGGCCUUCUGUGUGUUUGUCAGACUAAUGCAGGAGUACAGGCUUAGAGAGUUGUUUAAACCCAGCAUGGCUGAGCUGGGUCUGUGCAUCUACCAGUUUGAACACUUGCUACAGGAGCAUUUGCCGGAGCUGAACAUUCAUUUCCGCUCUCAGAGUUUCCAUACGUCUAUGUAUGCCUCGUCCUGGUUUCUUACACUCUUCCUCACCUUCCUGCCCCUCCCAAUAGCUACACGUAUCUUUGACAUCUUUAUGUACGAGGGUCUGGAGAUCAUAUUCCGAGUUGGAAUAGCGAUAUUGCAGUACAACCAGACAGACCUCAUACAGCUAGACAUGGAGGGAAUGUCACAGCACUUUCAGAAGGUGAUUCCGCAUCAGUUUGAUAGCUGCCCAGAUAAGAUGAUCCUACGGGCUUAUCAAGUCAAAUACAAUCCCAAAAGAAUGAAGAAGUUAGAAAAGGAAUAUACCACUAUUAAGAACAAAGAGAUGGAGGAACAGAUUGAAAUUAAGAGACUACGUACAGAAAAUAGACUACUGAAGCAGAGGAUUGAGACACUGGAAAAAGGUCAGGUUAUACGAGCCCAGGAGGCAGAGGAGAACUAUGUUAUUAAGCGUGAACUGGCUGUGGUUCGGCAGCAGUGUUACACAGCCAGUGAGAGUCUGGAGAAGGCGCAGGACACCAUACGUGAACUUCAGCAACACAAGUAUACAGAAGAGUUUGUGAGUGGGCUGCAGACUCAGUUGGAACAGUCUCGUCUACAGGAGGCAGAACUACUCGGUGCUCUGAAAGAAAUGCAGGACAAAGUGCUUGAUCUCGAAAAGAGGAACAGCUCUCUGCCGGAUGAAAUCAAUGUAGCUCAGCUGCAGGAGGAGCUGAAGCUGGUGAAACUGAGAGAGCAGGAGACUCUGCGUUCCUUCAGAGAGAUGCAAGAGGCCGUUACUGAUCUCAACCACUGCUGGCAGAAUCAUACGUCUCGUGGAGGAGGAGGCCACUGGAAAGAAUCUCCCAAGAAGAAUGCGAUGAAUGAGCUACAGGACAAACUGAUGAGUCUGAGACUGCGAGAGGCUCAGGGUCAAGCUGAACUCAAAGAGGUCAAACUUAAAAACCUGCAGCUUGAAAGCCAGAACCAGAUCAACUGUAAACUAGUUGUCAGACAUGAACAAGAGAGUGCCAGCGUGCAGGAGAGACUCCAGAAUGCUCUUUCUCACAACAAAACACUACAAAGCCAGCUCAACGAAAUGAAGAGAAAGAUGGCGGAGUCUGACUGCAAGAGCAAGGAAGAGGUGAUGGCGGUCCGUCUAAGAGAAGCUGACAGCAUGGCCGCUAUGGCUGAACUCCGACAAAAGAUAGCCGAGCUAGAAAUACAGAAAGAAGAGGGAUUGAUCCAAGGCCAACUGAAUCACUCCGACUCCAGACAGUAUAUAACUCAGCUGAGAGAGCAAAUCGCUGAACUCAAGAACGAGAUCAGGCAGCUGCGUGGACAGCCCUCCAAGUUCCAGAAUACCAGUGGGGGCGUUUAUCAGGACCUAUGUUUGGAAAGCCCAGCAUCCGGAGAAGGUGAUUACCUCAGUUCGGACGAGGACCCUCUUCAGAGCCUGCCUGUGAGCUCCCUGUACCCGCACCACUCUUCACCUCAUCUGGACAGUCAAGGCAGCUCGGACAGCGACGGCGAGGAAAGGAACCCCAUUCAAACCCCCUGCCAAGACCCUCUGCCUAACCAGCAGCAGCUUUACCCGGGCAUGGUGUGCACCGAAGGACUCGAGAACUGAGAUCGCUUGAAAUGGUGACACGCGACGCAAGGAAUCCUUUAGGAAUAGACUGCACAAAAUGCACACAUACAUAGCGAGAGCGAGAGAUUAUGUACAUUCACCCAGAAGCUGUCAGAGGCAGGGCAGGAAACCCAUGCAUAGCGUGACACUCUCAUAGCAUACUUCACCCUCACUCGAGCUGUGGCCGAAACUUGAAAAAGGCGCCUUUGCUAAGGCACAUCCAAAUCCAGCAUUUGCCUUCCAUCUGUUUGACUUAAAACAUCUCCACAAUCUUCAGUUUGGCGGUUAGGGAUAAAAUGACAUCUGAUGAAGAAAUUAGAAAUACAAGAAUAAAUUAAAAGAAAGCUGAUCUACGCAGAAAUGACAUUUUAGGCACUAAAUAUUUGAUUUAUGUCUAAACUUUGUUCUAGAUCAUUCGAUUUGAUGUUUGGUGUACCGUACUUGGCAAGUGCUUUCAAAUUCGGACACAGUCUCUAUGUCUCCCUCUCUCUCUCUCUCUCUCUCUCUCUCUCUCUCUCUUAUUCUUUGUCUUUUUGUCAGUGUGUCUGUUGCACAGUUCCUAAACGUAUUAUAUUUCUUCCCAGGACUGAAUUUGGAGUUCUAUGUUACAAAAAACAUACACAGAGAAGUCAAACUGUCCUCUUCUCCGAGUGCCAGAAAGUUUGGUCAUUUUUGCCAUUUUCUCCUUUCAGAAGACAGUGUGGCCUUGAAACUACCUCUAAUUUAUCCAGACACUCACUAAAUCCCUGUGAGCAUACCAACUUCACCAAUACAACCGCCAUCUGGCUUGAAAUGAGGUGACGGAGGAGAGAAUAAGCAAGCAGGAUACACACCUUCGGGUACACUUAAAGUUUGCCGCAUCCUAUCAAAUCUUCGGCUUUGGAAAUCAUUGGAUUGUCUUUGUCACACUCAGUUGGCGUCAAACGUGGGGAGCAUCUCUACUGUUUCUUUAGAGGAAAGCAGCAGAUUUGGGGCUUUUCUCAACCUUGUCUUGUUCCGGUGGAUGUGCACCUUUUAUGUUUAUCUCAAACGCAACAGACACUACAAUCACUUUAAUGAGAGGUGAAGGCUGAAGGAAAGAAAAUAAGAAUGAACAAAGUCUUAUUAUAUAAUGUAAUAGGGAUGUUAAUAGUUACAUACAUAGAUGAAUAUUACCGUAGCUCAUCCAUGUAUUUGUGUGUGUUUUAUACAAAACAACGAAAGCUGAUCAAAGUUUGGGAUGGAGAAAAAUCCAUUGCUAAAGAUCUAGUGUCAACAUUGCCAAAUGUUUUUAUGUUAUUUAUGUGUUUUGUUUUUUUAUAAUGUUAAUGUACUUCAUGCAAACAGAGGCCAAACUAUUUCAUUUGUACUAUUCUUCUGUGCCAAUCCUGAAAAACAGCAUGGAGCUGAAACUGCAGGGUCUCCAGAAAAGAGAUUAGUUCGAUUACAGAAAAACAACUGCUGCUAUGACGUAUCUAGUUAGUUAUUUUUUUUUUUUUAUUAUGAUUAUUAUUAUUUAUUUUAUUUUUUUUAUAAUCUUUACUCCCAUGUAAGGUAGAUCUAUAAAUCGAAGAUAAACUGUGAAAAAGUUAUUACUGACUUGGCGCUUACCAGCAAUGAGUUGCCUAGAUUUGUACACUACAUACUGUAAAUACCCUCAAGCAAUUAUGCGAUAUUGAUUUGCAUUUCACAUUUCGGUCCCACUUUAUAUUAAAUGGCCUUGACUACUAUGUACUUAUAUUUAAAUGAAUCAUUUGGUACAAUGCACUUAUUGUGUACAUACAUGUUUAAAAAAUACCUAUAUGUUAUUACAUCUGUAAUUCAUUUCCCUUACACCUUAACCCUCCCUUAAACCAAUCCAUACCACCCAACCUGUCCCGAACCUUACCCAUAUCCCACCUCAAUAUCAGCAAAAGUGUUUUGCAAUACAAUAUGAACACAAUAAGUGCACUGUACUUAUUUUUAUGUAAGUACAUAGUAGUUAAGGCCACCUAAUAUACAGUGUGGCACACAUUUCAAUUGUUAACCAUCUUAAGCAUUGUUUCUGAUUUGUAUGGGUUUGUGCUGAUUCAAAAGCAACUUCCUGAAGCAUUAAUGAAGACUGUAGCACUUGGUUGUUACUGAAAGUCUCCAUCUGUAGCGCUAAAGCUUGUUUGACCAAACUAACGAAACUCACAAACUAAUGCAAGAUUUAGUAGAUUCAUACAUAAUAUUACACAAAUCUUUCAUACUUGUAACAGUUUUCUUCCUUUUAAUCAAGUUUGGUCACUUAAGUUUUUUUACCCACAAUUUCGUAACCUGUCUUGAAGACUUCCAUCUAACUCAGAAGUGUCUACGAUGCUGUGUUUGUCUGACCACACAUGGUACAUCAGUGACAUUGCCUUUCCCCACCACUGCCUCACUUUGCUAAAGCUCGUCAGUCCUUGCAUUUAUCAGACAUUUGACAUUUUUACAUGACUUUUGGAGAGCGAUACAUUGCCGACAUUUGCACCCUUUUGACAAAAACCAGUGAGACGCUCCUCUCAGUCAUAUCUCUGACAGUAUGAUGCAUUUCAAGACAUUGGAGUUUUGGGGAGAAGUGUUUACUGAAUAUGACAUGAAAACCAUUGAAGUGUGUUCAUAAAGCAUAUCUCCUUUUGAGUGGCUGUAAGUUAUCAAGAUAGCCUGGGGUUGCUGUUUUAACUUACCACCGUGUUUUAUUGACUGAAUUGUUUUUUUUUUCGUCUAAUGCAAAAAUGUUUGUGUGGAAUAAUUUGUAGAGUAAUGCCGUUA